CGGAACAUCGGCGGCUGCCCGGGUGACUCAGUUAUAUGUCACAGAAUAACAUUCGAGAAUGGGACAUGGAAUGAGGCGACGACCGCCUCAACCCCAUCAGCCUUCUGCAGCAAUGAGGCCGGCCCGAGGCCCGACCGGUGAGCGGGGUUCCCUUCGUGUGUCCUGCGGCUGCGAGAGUUAAAGGCCAUCCCCCCCCCCUCCGCGGGGCCCUGAUCCCCGGCGUGCCGGCAUCCUCCGCCCCCUUGCUGCGUGCCCCUCAUCAUGACCGGCUCCGCCGCCGACACUCACCGCUGCCCCCACCCCAAAAUCACCAAAGGCACCCGAUCUCGGAGCAGCCACGCGCGGCCCGUGAGCCUCGCCACCAGCGGGGGCUCCGAGGAGGAGGACAAAGACGGCGGGGUGCUGUUCCACGUGAACAAGAGCGGGUUCCCGAUCGAUAGCCACACCUGGGAGCGGAUGUGGCUGCACGUUGCCAAGGUCCACCCCAGAGGGGGAGAGAUGGUAGGCGCCAUCAGAAACGCUGCCUUCCUGGCUAAGCCUUCAAUUCCCCAGGUCCCAAACUACAGGUUGUCCAUGACGAUCCCCGACUGGCUCCAGGCCAUCCAGAAUUACAUGAAGACACUACAAUACAACCACACAGGGACCCAGUUCUUUGAAAUCAGGAAAAUGCGACCUCUGAGCGGGUUAAUGGAGACAGCGAAGGAGAUGACCCGAGAAUCCUUGCCUAUCAAAUGCCUGGAGGCAGUCAUCCUGGGCAUCUAUCUCACCAAUGGGCAACCUUCCAUUGAGCGGUUCCCUAUCAGCUUUAAAACCUACUUCUCAGGAAACUACUUUCACCAUGUCGUGCUGGGGAUUUACUGCAAUGGUUACUACGGUUCACUGGGCAUGAGCCGAAGGGCUGAGCUGAUGGACAAGCCGCUGACCUUUCGGACUCUGAGUGAUCUUGUCUUUGACUUUGAAGACUCCUAUAAGAAAUACCUGCACACGGUUAAGAAGGUCAAGAUUGGGCUGUAUGUCCCCCACGAGCCGCACAGCUUCCAGCCCAUCGAGUGGAAGCAACUUGUCCUCAAUGUCUCCAAGAUGCUGAGGGCUGACAUCAGGAAGGAGCUGGAGAAGUACGCCAGGGACAUGCGGAUGAAGAUCUUGAAACCCGCAAGUGCCCAUUCUCCAACCCAAGUGAGAAGCCGAGGAAAGUCCCUGUCUCCACGAAGGAGACAAGCAAGCCCUCCAAGGAGGCGGGGUCAAGGUGAGGACUCGCCUGCUCUGACGGAGAAGAAGGUGGCUGACCUCGGCACUCUGAACGAAGUGGGCUAUCAGAUCCGGAUCUAGCCGAGCCAGGCCGGCAAGGCUUCUAUGGUGCUCUUCUCUGCACUUUACCCAGCAGCUUCAGGAGGAACUGCAACUUGUGGAGUUUUUGAUUUUGAAGGAUUUACCUGGAGAUAGAAUCUGAGUGGGUUUUGAAAAACUCACUGGGCAGCAGGCAUGACUGGGCUGAAGUGAUGGGCAAAGCCCUGGGUUGACUGACUCCCUCACUCAGGAUCUCAAGAACAAUGCUGACUGCAGUUUUCUACUUUUCUCCAUUUGCCGACUGUUCCGCUUGCUUUGGACAUUAUGCCUCAGCUCUAGUAACCGUUUAUGGAGUUCUUCCCACUUUUUGGUACAGCAGGCAACUCAGCCAGUAUUACNGUCUCCUCAGCAAUAACAAGCAAAGAUGGGUGGGUUUUUUUUUAAGCAGUUGAUAUUACCUCAACAUUUUGGCAUCAGAUAUGCAAUCUUAGUGAGUUUUUAUAUUCCAUUUGUAUUGUUUCCUAUAGGGAUCUCAAUGGUUUGGGGGGUUUGUUUUUUUCUGGUUCACACAUGAGAUUAGAUUUAAGUUGUUAUAUGCAAAUGCUUUAGAAGCACUCAAAUUUUGGCAAUAAGGGAAAACGCUUUAGGAUCUUUGAGUCACUUUUCUUAAAGCAUCUGCUGACAGGUUUUCUUCUAACAAGCAUGUUAAGCUCUAGUUCAUGGUGUUGAUGACAUUUAAGCCUUUUCUGAGGCAAGCAAAAGGCACAAGAGAUCAUCUGCUCCCAAAAAACCGUAGCAGUGCUGAGACAUCCCAGACAGGAGGUCAGCCUUGGUUCCUAGUGGCUCCUUGUUAAUGUGUUCUGCUGUCUCACAUGAAGGCAAACAUGAUGAUGGACUGUUUUCCAGUAGCUUGUCUUUAGGUACCACUUCACGGCAUUAGGAAGUGCUGGGGGAAACCAGGACCUCAAGGAUUAAGCCUGUCUUAAAGGAAAAGUUUCAGCAGUGUUGUGCCACAAUGUUACCCAGGCCCUGAAGCAGUGUGCCUGCCUGUGGCUACUACAGCACAGCUUCUGCUUCCAGACCAUGAAGGAGGAAGCACAGCUUCGAGUCAUUUAUCUUAGUGCAGUCACCAUGCCAACUCAGGAGAACAGAGGACCAGCUCCAGCUGAGUGGCUAGCCCUGAGAGCUCAGCAUGCUACCCUCUGGCUGUGACUGCGGAGCUCAAAGUCAACCAUCCGCUUGGAGUCCACCAGGAAAACCAAGGGCCACAAGGAGGGCAAAAGCAUGUGCAAAAAACCCUCACUCCACCCUUAAGCCAGUAUUCUUAAUGAAAAGUNGUUUUCUUGGAAAAGCUUAGCGUCCUUUGGAGGACAGGACCAGGAAACUAAAACAGAGUGUAAGCUUCAAAUUCUGAACUUGAUGGCUUUCUUCAAGAAUCCUGUUACUGUAGUUCAAAGUGAGUUAUGGGGCCUCCACAUGUCCUCACGAGCUGCUACCUGUUGUCAGCCUCAGGGCAGUGUGCAUUUAAAUGUUCCAAGGAGCAAUCUGGUAAAGGAAGCCACUAGGCCAAGUGCCUGCAGCUGCCUGUGUUCAAGGACAGCUCCCAGGAACAGAACGCCAAACAGCAGGACAACCUUGUUGUGUGGCAAGGGAAAGAACAGCAGCCAGCUGUGACACUCGUCGUUUCAUCUCUUCCACAACUACUUUCUGAUUUUUAGGUUCAUUUUUCAAGGCAAGGUCACAGAAACACUUAAAAGGCUCUUUGUCACUCAAUUUUACUGCCUGUAAUUACACUAACUUCCAAAAAAAAAAAAAAAACAGAAGGAAGUCCCGAAACACCUACAUUCUUGUGCAAUAGUUUAUUGGAAUAAGGCGGCAAAAAUGAACCCAGCACAUCUGACCUCUCAGACUGACCUUUCAGCCUGGCUGUGAUGAAGAUGAAGAUGAAAACUGACUUGACAGGAACAAGCUUAUCCUAUGCACCAUGGCAAGAUGCCCUGAGCUGAAUGACAAGUUUCAAGCUGACUGCUGUUGGUUGUGCNAGGUGGCCCAGGUGUUUUCUGCACACGUGGGAACCGUGAGCACACCCCUUUCCUUGAGUCAGCUGGGUGUCCUCAGCAGACAUGAGUAAGCAAAGGGAAGCCUUUGCAGCCCUCCAGCUUACUACACAAGGCUUUCCUAGGCUAGACUUUUAUGUACAANCUUGUACAGUUUUUUUGACAUAUACUUCAGAUUCUUGUUUAUUCUCUUAGACUUUGAUCUGGCCAAUACAUUUUUAAAAAAUAUUUCUGAAGAACCGUGAUUGUUUCAGUGGUAUUUUUCUAAGUCCGUGAAGACUUGAUGGUAUUCUACAGAACACCACAAGUGCAUGCUUCAGGCUCCACUCUCUCAUCAUGUCCACACACAGCAUGGAACUGUAAUAAAACCCUUCUGGAAACUGAAGGACUUCACGAUGUUUGUUUUGUUGCUGUUUUGUCCCACUGAACAUACUGACCACUGUGUUUCCUCUUCUAGACUUUGUUAAAUAUUAUUCUAUUUUCCUGUAUGUCAAUUACUUGCCUCUUAGCCUCAUUCUGAUAAUGACUGAAAGGUAACGAAAGAGCUGAGGAAGGUGACAGGCCAAUAUCUGCAGCUCAGCACACUUAACACAAAGCCCAACAAAUGUGCAACUAUGUAUUACAGCUUACA